AUGUCGUCAUCAUGUCUGAGGGAAUGUGUUGAAGAUGAGGAGGAUGAGGAGGAGGAGUUCACACCCCUCCACAAGGCUCGGCUACAUGAGCCUACUGCUGUACGGGGCGUGGGAGUGGCUGAUGAUAUUGGCGGUAGGCCUGACAUGGAGGACUCCUUUGUAUUCGUGGAUGGAUUUGGCGGCAAGAGGAGCUCGGCAUUCAUGGCGAUAUACGAUGGGCAUGGUGGGAGGCGAUGUGUUGAUUUUGUAUGCAAACGGUUACACCACAAAUUGCUGGAAAAUUUGACGCUAGAGCCCCCUCCAGAGCAGGAAGAGGUGGAGAAGGGUGAUAAGCCAGGCCCAUCGCCGUGGUCGACUAUGUCGUUCAAAACGGCGAUGUCAACAGGCUCAACCUUGGGUGCGUCUAUUCCUGUUCGGCGACGAUAUAUGUACGCCACGGAGGCUCUUGUUAAUGCCUAUACUCAGACUGACGAGGCAUUUCGGAAUGAGCUGCAGUCGUUGGAAGGCGGAUGCACUGCUGUGACCUGUCUAUUGCAAUAUGAGUUUGGUGGAGAUAGGACUAUUUAUUGUGCUCAUGUUGGCGACUCAAGAGCUGUACUGUGCAGAGGACGGAAGGCGCUGCGACUGACUAGUGCUAGUGAUCAUAAGGCUACUGACCCAGUAGAAGUGGCACGAAUUACUCAAAAAGGAGGUAUAGUGGUGAAUGACAGAGUUAAUGGAAUGCUGGCAAUAGCCAGGGCCUUGGGAGACUUCCGCUUGAAACGAACGAUAUCAGCCCAGAUGGUGGCGCGGGCGGCGGAGGCUCGAGAGAAGGGCGAGGAACUCCCUCCAAUUCUUGGUAACGUUACCGAUAUAGUAUCUAACAUACCGGAUGUGUCCAGUAUUGUCCUCAAGGAGACACUGGACCACUUCUUGAUACUGGCUUGUGAUGGGGUAUGGGACGUCGUAUCGGAUCAGGAGGCGGUUGAUGUGAUAUUGGAGGUCUUAUCGAAGCUCACCCAAGCUCAGCUGUCCAUGGCAAAGAAUGAGCAAAAGAAAUGUCCUCUGCGAUGCGGAAAUGUGGCUCAGAUAGCAGCCACGGCGCUGGUAGAGGAAGCCUUGAGUCGUGGUAGCAUGGAUAACGUUACUGUGAUGAUAGUACUAUUGUAA